AUGGGCUCUACCACCCGCUGUCCUGUUGCCCAAGGGGUGCUCGGCUCUAUUACAGAGCAGAUCGGUCAUACACCAAUGGUACGAUUGAAUAAGCUACCACAAAGUCUGGAUAUCGAAGCUACGAUAUAUGCGAAGCUCGAAUUUUUCAAUGCGGGUGGAAGUUUGAAAGAUCGGAUCGCCUUGCGUAUGAUCGAGGAGGCAGAGAAAAAAGGAAGGAUAAAGCCAGGGGAUACUUUGAUAGAACCUACCAGCGGCAACACUGGUAUCGGUCUUGCACUAGUAGGUGCAGUCAAAGGCUAUAAGACCAUCAUUACACUCCCCGAGAAGAUGUCCACAGAAAAGGUCGCCGUCCUCCGCGCCCUCAACGCAACCAUAAUACGUACACCUACUCAAGCCGCAUUCGACAGCCCUGAGUCACAUAUUGGCGUCGCCAAACGUUUACAGAAAGAGCUUCCUAACGCCCAUAUCCUUGACCAAUAUGGCAAUCCGGACAAUCCACUGGCACAUGAAUAUGGUACCGCAGAAGAAAUAUGGGAACAGACAAAUGGGAGAAUUACAGCCAUUAUCGCGGGUGCUGGGACUGGUGGUACAAUUACAGGCUUAGCAAAGGGUCUACAUAAACAUAAUCCUGGAGUGAAGGUUAUCGCCGCAGAUCCGCAGGGCAGCAUUCUUGCGCUACCCGAGAGUCUGAACACCGAGUAUGCGAACGAGCCGUACAAGGUUGAAGGGAUUGGAUAUGACUUCAUUCCAGAUGUGCUCAACCAGAACGUUGUGGAUAAAUGGUACAAGACCAAUGAUCGAGAAUCGUUUGCCUAUGCACGACGCUUGAUUGCCGAAGAAGGUCUUUUGGUUGGCGGAAGCAGCGGCAGUGCCAUUGCAGCGAUGGUCAAAGCUGUCAAAGAGUUUGGCUUCGGCAAAGGAGAUGUGGUGGUCGUGAUUUUGCCCGAUAGUAUCCGAAGCUAUCUCAGCAAAUUUGUGGACGAUGAUUGGCUUGCUGCAAACAGCCUCCUCCCGCCAACGCCCCCCGCGACAUCGCCCCCUUCGCCGGACUUGAAGGCUACUGGUCGACGAUAUUCGGACGAUACAUUUCGUGGCAGUAAGGUACGCGCUCUUAGGCUGAAACCUGUUACUACGGCUACUGCAGACUCGAGCUGUGCCAGUGCCAUAGAAACGAUGCGGGAAAAAGGCUUUGACCAACUACCUGUGCUAGCACCGACUGGUAGCCGCCUAGUUGGCCUUGUAACAUUGGGAAACCUGUUGAGCAGAAUCAGUCAUGGCAGAGCAUCCGCUCAAAGUCCAGUCAGCGAUGUCAUGUUUGACUUUUCGAAGAUCAACGAGAUGGUGACGGAUUUGAGGGAUAUCGAUUCAAUAUCUCCUAAGGGAGAUGGCUGGGCAAACGGCUAUGUUAAAGGCGGAGACGAAACGCCGCGGCCGCAGCAGCUGAGGAAGAAAUUUGUCGAGAUUACAAUGGAUACGCCUUUGAGUGUUCUGAACCGCUUUUUUGAACUGCAAAGCGCUGCUAUCGUGACGGAGAGAGAUCUUGGCGAGAGUACUACGAGCGGGAAGGGAGUCAUGAGACCUGUCGCUGUGGUUACGAAAGUUGACUUGCUAACAUGGUUAUUAAGCCAGGGCAAGAUAAAGUGA